CAGUCCAGGGGCAGGCGAGGCUGACGUGCCGGGGUGGCGGGGGCUUGUGUCAGGGAGCGGUCACUGUGUGGGGAUUCCGGCCUAGGCCGGCCAAGGCAGCCGAGGGGGCGGCUGGCUCGGAGGGGCUCGGGGCAAACCUAGCGGGGAGCCCGAGGUUCUCGGUUCUCCCUUCCGUGGCUUGGGAGUCGGCAGCGUCACCCUUUGGGGGGGGGAGCUGCCCCACGCCCUUCCGUCCCGUCCCCUUCCCCUCCGUCCCGGGCUGGGGCGCCUGGGUUUCUCGGUCGCCGGGUUUUUCGUCCGCAAGAGGCCCGGUCAUGUCGGGGCUGUUGGGCAAGCUGUUCGGGACGGGCCCGGGUGGGAAGGGCGGCGGGAAAGGGCCUUCUCCGCAGGAGGCCAUCCAGCGGCUGCGCGACACCGAGGAGAUGCUGAGCAAGAAGCAGGAGUUUCUGGAGAAGAAGAUCGAGCAGGAGCUGGCCGCGGCCCGCAAGCACGGCACCAAGAAUAAGCGCGCUGCACUUCAAGCUCUAAAACGAAAGAAGAGAUAUGAGAAACAGCUUGCACAAAUAGACGGCACAUUAUCUACAAUUGAAUUUCAGAGGGAAGCCCUGGAAAAUGCCAACACCAACACUGAGGUGCUGAAGAAUAUGGGCUUUGCUGCUAAAGCAAUGAAGGCUGCACAUGACAACAUGGAUAUUGACAAAGUAGACGAACUAAUGCAGGACAUUGCAGAGCAACAGGAGUUAGCUGAUGAAAUUUCAACAGCUAUUUCCAAGCCUGUAGGAAUUGGUGAAGAGUUUGAUGAGGAUGAAUUGAUGGCUGAGCUAGAGGAACUAGAACAGGAAGAACUGGACAAAAACUUACUGGAGAUCAGUGGCCCUGAGACAGUUCCACUACCCAACGUGCCCUCAAUAGCUAUACCUUCAAAGCCAGCUAAGAAGAAAGAAGAAGAAGAGGAUGAUGAUAUGAAAGAACUAGAAGCUUGGGCUGAAAACAUGUAACUGCACUAGCUGCCAGCAACAGAAACAAUCAGGACUCUGGCCGCCUGUCGCUACAGGUGCAUGUAUGGGUGGGAGACAUCAUUAAGCGCAAUGUCUAUAUUCGAGCCCAAAGCUGUGGCCAUUGCAUUCUGCAUAGCAUGGUAUAAGCAAAGAAAGCAAAAGUUUCUGAAGAAAGUUGCCUGUAGUUUAGGAUGUUCUAUUAUUUUAAAUAAUAAAUCUUACUGGCAAGAUUCCAACAUUCAACUUCUGGACUUUGCUAAUGCCACUGCUGGACCUUCUUUCCAAAUUCUGGCCAUGUUGAGUCUGAUUGACUUGGGAUGUGAAGCCUGUAACUUAAGUUGAGUGACAAGUUCUUAAAAGUCUUGUAAAGCAUUUCAGAAGGAAAGUCAUAAGCCAUUGUCGGCUUAUUAUGCUUAGUUGUAUCAAAUGCAUUAGGCUUUUAUUUGUGUAUUUACAUCCAUUGCCAGCAUUGACAGCUGAUGCUUUCCUUAUCACUACAUUGAACUGGGUUACUGUUCCCAUUGUGAUUGGCAAGGUAGAUUGGGAAUGAUAAAGCAACUUCCUGAUGGAAGUAGAUGAAAUUUACAUUUUAAUUCUACCUGUACAUUUUUCUACAUAGCACUUGGAUGUUGAUUGCUAUUUGUGAUAACCAAUAUACCAUUCAGACACAAACAUAAAUUUAUUUUAAAUAAGAAUUUUUGGUUUGCACUGUAUUAAAUAUCUUGAGUGAUUUUCAUACCUGCCUAAUGUCUUCACUGUAUAUAAUGAAUGCCUGUAAAUAAUGAAACUCCCAUCUUUUAGUUUGCACAUUGAUUAUGGUCAUACUUCUUUUUAUUACUUCAGUCAUCUUUUUAUACAGAAAUGUAGAUAAUGCCACAUUUCAUGUUUGAAUUCUUGGGAUAGA